AUCCAUAACUUGAAAUGCCAAUAGAUGGCGCAAAACUCGCAUUGCUCUGAUGUUUCUGUCCUGUUUGUUCUCUCGAAGCGACGAACUCCCUAACUUAUAAGUCUGCAUAACCAUAUCAACCGCUCUUUCUCUAUAUCUUUGUCUCUCUCUUUAUUCCGCCGUAUGUCUUAGUUUGUUUCUGUUCCUCGGCCUGUCUUUGCAAUGUGCGUAUAUGUUUCGUGGAGCAGUAUAGUGGAGCCUUUUAGCCAGUCAGUAUUGCUCGCGACGGCCUCUGGCUUGUACACAAACGAUUGUUGCUUAUAGUGUUAUGUGCUGAGCGUGCUUUUCAUCUUUGCGCCGUUGAGCAUUAUUUACGUUUUUUUAAUGUUUGUGAAUAUGAGCGCGGCCAAGCGCGCUCGAAUUUAGUGAGGCUUCUUGGACAUUUAAAAAGUGACGCCCUUUGCAUUUAAAUACCAAUCGAGUGCGUAUGAUUACAUCGUGCAAGUGAGUGUAUGUGUGUGUGCGUGAGUGUGUUGAACGUGUGCAUGCACGCAAAAAGAAAUAUCCUAUGCUCCUAGGCUACUACAUUUACAAUAUUACGUAUUAUGUAGCAUGAAAAUUCCCGUGUUUUGACGUCGUCGUAUGUGCAGCAGUGUAUUAAAGUUUCAUUAUUCGUUGUUAAUUUUGGAGAAUAUAAAUGUACAUAUAUAUAUUAUAUAUAUAUAAUAUAUAUAUAAAGUAAAAAAAGAAUCGAAGCCAGUUUUGCUGCAUACGUUUGAGUUGAACGGCAUUGAGUCGCCGAGUGUAAUAAUAUAGUGGGUUUUCUGGCAUGUCCAGAUCGAAUUUGCGUCGUGUGCAUCGAGUGGCAGCAGAUGAAGAUUCUUAGCAGCAUACAUAUACGCAUAUCACUCCGUGCGUAUGCAUAAUAAUAUAGUGUGUGGCUUGUUGUAGCGAGCGAGGUAAAGUGUUGUUGUGUGUCAGGUUCUAGCAGCCGGAGCAACAGCAGCAGCAGCAGCAGCAAAACAUAUUUAGCAAAAGUAAACGCGUAAGAGCAUCAUCAUCGCAUCGUGUACUUCUGGCGUAUCUGCGUGUGAGUGUGUAUGUGUAUAUAUAUAUACACGCUACGCACACAGUGGUCAAUCAUAGUUCAGUUACCGCUGCGAGGCCUUUUGUGUGCAUUGCGGCGCUAUGCGAGUGUCGUAGGUGUACUUGUGGAUGUAGUCAAACUUCACGGUUGAUGCACUUGUCCGAAUGGUUUUCUACUCGUUACGUUCAAAACAAAUAAGAAAAUAUCUCCGUCCAGUAGCAGAUAUUAGAAGAAUAAUGAUGUAUUGCUCAUCUAAUAAAUUUGAACAAAACAAAGCAGAAUGCCAGGAGUAGAAAAAAAAGUGCAGAAGACAAAAAAAAACAUUAAGCUGCGAUGGAUAAACCUGACGUUAUGCUGCCGAUAUGCAUAGGUGGCGUUUAUCUCCUACCUCCAAAAAUAUACAAACCGGGCGAGGAGCCUAGCCCUCCCUUACAAGAUCACGACCCGUUUCCUCCCCACGUACGAUUUGGAAAUCAACCCUUCUGCCCGAGAACCAAAACCGUCACUAUCGUUGCACCCACGCCUCAGCGCAGUAAUAGCCUAGAUUAUUUGAAUUUUGAAGAAAAAAGACAAAUAAUAGCUUCAUCAUUAUCGCUCAGUGAUUUUCUCGCACAUGGACCUACCGCGACUACUAAGGAGGUAGCUGUAAAUGUUACUACUACCGUCAAAGCUAAAAAACAAAAUGGUGCUACCCUACGAACAAAUAGUUUGGGAUCUGGUACAAGGACGCCACCUCUCGAAAGAAAGAGUAAGUUUUCAGCUCUCGGAAAACUCUUCAAACCUUGGAAAUGGAAACGAAAAAAAAAAUCAGAAAAAUUUGAAGCUGCUUCAAGAUCUCUCGAAAGAAAAAUUUCAGUUCGAGCAAAUAGAGAUGAGCUUGUACAAAAAGGAAUUUUAUUACCAGAAAGUCCUACAUCUCCUAUACCAGAAAAUAGCUCGACAAAUGAGGCAAUCGUACCGCAUAAACCACCAACGCCUCAACAGCAACAGCAAAUGCAGCGUGAGCAGUUGCAACAGCAACAGCAGAUGCAUCGUGAACAAUUGCAACAGCAAUUGCAGCAACAAUUACAGCAUCAACAUCAGCAACUUCAACAGCACUUGCAACAGCAGCAACAACAGCAGUCGAGCAUGGGUGGCAAUAAUACACCUGCAUCGACACCCACAUCGCAACAAUCUCAAUUGCAACCUCAGUCGAUAAUGUCGAUGUCUACUAAUGUCAACAAUCAACCAGGCAGUAAUCGAGGUUCGCCGCAUCCGUCGCCGAUGUAUCCUGGCAUACCUCAAUUGCCAUCGUCAAAUCAGCAACUCAACGGCAAUUCUCAAGCUAAUUCGGGCGUGGGCAGCAGGCGUAGACGGCGUUGCGAUGCUAUUGCAAAAAGGGCUAUGGAAUUACCUGGCUAUACUUGUCAAAAGCAUCAGCAUUUACAACAGCAACAGCAGAUGCAACUGCAACAGCAGCAGCCGGAUGUUGUACCUAGCUGCGAUUCUGCGCCGCCGAUUACGCCUCCUGCAGCUUUUUUACCCUACGGUUACAAUAAAAAUUUUCGCUCAGAGCAAAAAAAGGAGAAAAAUGAAUCGAAUGGCAGUAGCAGUAGCGGUAACAUUUCUAAGAGUGGUGGUAACGGAAACAACAUCAGCACCAUCGGUGUCGCUUUACCGAAUACCGAUCAGAAGCAGGAACACCAACUAUCAGAACAGCAGCAGCAGCAACAACAACAACAACCACAACAACAACAACAACAACAACAACAACAACAGCAGCAGCAACAACAACAGCAACUACAACAACAUCAAAAGCCUAAUCGGCCAAACACACUCGAUACUGGAAAGCUCAAUAUUCGUCGACUCAAUGCAGCCAAUCGCGUUGUCCUACCGAAACCCCCGGUUUAUCACGUCACCGAGGAAUCCUUAGCAGCAGAAAAGGGAGUGCUGCAUUCAGGUGGAGACGGGGAUCAGCAGAAAGUUGUAGAAAGAUGCUAUCCGCCAAAUUUAGUGCUAUCGGAGCUGCCGGAACCGCCGAUACCACUGAGCGAAAUAGGCCCUAUACCUCCACCGCCCAUGUUCAGCUCGCCUAGCCCGACUUUAUUGUCCAGGCAGAGGCAGCAACAACUUGACUGCGAAGAUGAUGAUGAUGACGAAAUUGACGUUGAUGACGAUGAUAUGUACGGUAUUGACACGACGCGGGUCGAAAAAAUCCCAUCGAAGGAGCCCAAAUUCCACGCGAUGCCGCUUAAAAGCGCCCUCAAGAAAAAAAGUGGGACCGGUAGCAGUGGACCUGCAACACCGCAAAGCACACCCACUCAGGAAAGCAGACCACUCACCCUUAAGCAAGAGCUGCACGCAUCUUUCAAUAGCCGUCCAGGAAGAUUUAGCUUGACACUUGCUAACACGAUCGAAAACAAAGAGAACGCAAGGCCAUAUGUUAUACGAGAGGAUUCGGACACGGAUUCGAACGAUGGUCAGGUGAUCUAUCGCGACGACUACGACGAUGAGAAAAGUCGGUUAGCAGCCAAGAUUGCCCGCAGGGAGUCGUUAUCGUUGAAGCUUGCCUUGCGGCCCGAUCGGCAAGAGUUAAUCAACCGAAACAUUCUUCAAGUGCAAUCCGACAAUGAGAGGCAGGAGACGAAAGAGGCCAUCGGCGCCAGGCUCAUCAGGCGGUUGAGUAUGCGGCCGACUCAGGAGGAGCUCGAAGAUCGCAACAUUUUGAAAAAACAAAGUCCUGCAGAAGAGAAAAAGCAAAAAGAAGAAAAAAAACGUUACCUCCUUCGAAAACUCAGCUUUCGGCCAACUGUGGACGAGCUUAAGGAAAAAAAAAUCAUACGAUUUAAUGACUACAUCGAAGUGACACAAGCUCACGACUACGAUAGAAGAGCAGAUAAGCCAUGGACAAGAUUAACCCCAAAAGACAAGGCUGCUAUAAGAAAAGAGCUUAACGAAUUUAAGAGCCAAGAAAUGGCUGUUCACGAAGAUAGUCGUCAUCUGACGAGAUACUACCCUGACCAAACUAUUCCAUUGAAUAUUCUUGAUAACAUUCUGAAAGAUCGACGGGGGCGUUUUGUGUAAUCUAUGAGAGUCCUUCGAACAACCAAUAUACCAAUUUCGAUGAAAAACUUUAACUCAUCACUUAGUGAAACAAGGAUUAUAUUAUUUAAUCUAAUGAAAUUAUUUUUAAGUACUAUUUUUUUAUCUUGGACUUACACGUUCCACAAACCAUGACAAUUUCAGCGUGAAUUCUUUUUCAAGAAUGAUGGUGCAAAAAAAAUGGAUACUGUUGCAACGAAGCAACUAAGUUAUUGCGAAAAUGACUAUUCAAUCGUUUUCGUGGCCCUUACGUCGCCAAAUGCGUGAAGCAUUACUGGAAUUAUGAAAAAAUACAAAAUAACAAAAUGAUUACGUAGCUCACGUAUCGUGCAUUGUACCUCUUUCACAUAUUUCUCUAUCAUUCGGUUAGAGAUGCGCAAACGCGUUCGUUCUAUUCAAGAAGGCACGUUGACAAAUGAUCUCCAUCACCCACGCUAGUAAUGAAAGAGCAGCUCUAAUUGUGAUAUACUUGAUGAAAAGAAUAUUGUAGUUUAGAAAACUACUCAAACCGAAUUUUUUUUUGUAAAUCAAUGUUUUCGUUUGAUUUUUUAAUAAUCAAAUUUUUUAACGAUAUGUUUGCAUGGGUUCAUGUGAUCCGGUAGUACACGACAGAGCAUAAUGUUAAAUACGAGAAUCAGUUUUUUUGUAGUUAUUGAUAGUUAAUAGAGCUUUUCGUAUCUUUUAAAAAAAUUUUAAUUUUAAUGUAAAAAUUUAAGUCGAAAAAACAGACAAAUUUUUCAAAUUGUAGUAACGGAAAAGUCGUGCGUUUAAAUUGAUCUCUAUAUUUUGCGAUGAAUAAGAAUUAAAAUAUUUGACUCUUUCUGAGUAAAUUGUUAAAAAUUUUCAAUAUUUUUAUUUAUACAUAAAGAUUCAC